GUAUACAGAACUAAACAGUGAGCAAUCCGUCAUGAUCUCAGCUUACUUCUUAUUGGCUGCCACAGUCUACACAGUGACGUCAGCAGCCAGUAUCUCAUCCAAUGAUGAUGGUAAGAAUAAACAUGGUUAUUGCCUGACCAGACUUUUACGACUGUACUUCUUAAUCCUCUAAUGAAAAUACGAGGGACUUCUCCUAUUAAAAACGUCGAAAGCCCGACAAUCAGCCACAUGAGAAUACAAAUUGUCGACAGGUGUCGAGGUAAAAUUUAACUUCAUCUUUAAAAUAUUUUUAAGUUAAGUAAAUUGUUUUGUUUUCGUUCAAAACCCGGCUCGAUACUCAAUCAGUCUGAUUACAGAAUUUGUGAUAGUACUGACGCUACAGCCGCAUUCCUUGCGACCACCCUGUAAGCGACCAGCUCUAUUUGAACUGAGAGUAAACGCUUUCUUGAGGGAAGGAUUAGAAUCUGUGACAUCUGUGAUGAUGAUAACGGUGGAGUGCUCCUCAAACAUACACUGGGUUAUCGAGCCAACUGGGAGCCGGUCACUUAUUCAGUUUGUUAUUUUACAUUUAAACAACAAUACCACAAUAACAACAGCCGUUAGAGGAUGAACAUAUGAAAGUUAGUCUAUAAAAGUAAAUAUUACUAAUGUUGAAAACUUUCAUGCAAAGGCGGUAGCUCGGCUAUUUCCGAGUUUUCGCAUGGUGUAUGAAAUCUUCUGCCGUUUUCUCCAGCUGUGCUGCUUGCACUAACAGAACAGCCAAGCUAUCGCACAAUGCUUCUGCCUUAUUUGCCAAUAUCAAUAAGAUUGACGUGAAUCGAACUGAUAUGGGUAAAUAUCUUAGAAAUAUGUCAUCUCCGAGUUCCAGAAACCAGGAUAAGUGCAAAACUUUUCAGUCUUGUGAAAAUUAGUUUUGCUUGCAAGAGAAUAAAAAAUCAUUUUCAUAUCAAUGGCUUUGCGCUUAGCCAUACCAAUCAGAAACGAAGAAAUAUCUUGAAUGAAAAAUAGAAAAAUAAAGAUGAAAAUCUCUAGUGUAAAAUAACUUAUUAUAAACUAAUGAAAUAUUUUAAUCUCCAUUCCACGUUUUUUUUCUCUUCAUUAUUCACCAGCGUUUUGUUUGCACGAGGGUGCAAAAUUCUACCCGGGUGAAAAGGUGGUCCUUCAGGAAUGCCAAUAUACGUGUCAAUGUGCAGCAAGUGAAGAGUAUUCAUUCUUCAUGUGUGAACCGCUGUGCACAAGGCCUUAUGAUUUCAUGUGCGCUAAUGGUGCAGAUCCCGUAGAAAAGAUGGAGGAAAGUUCGGUGCCGGGUUGCAAGUGCCCUAAAUAUUACUGCCCCGAGACGCUCUCCAUGGCACAUCUUAUAGAGUAU